AUGUUGGAUGAAAGCAAGUUUGAUGUUGAUUUGAAAUUAUGGGCACUCAGAAUCCCUCGUCAGCUCUGCAAAGCCGUCACUUGCAUUUUAAACGGAUAUUUGCUUGACAAGCCUAGAAUCAAACCUAUAACUGAAGAUCCAACUUGCCAAAAGAAUCGUUAUAUGAUUUUGUCUGAUAGAGUUCAAAAUCACGAUUUAUCUGAUAUACCAACUCAGAAGCUUGAUGAGCUGAAGAAAUUAUGCCAGAUUAUAGUAAUUCCUUAUUCGCUGACGCUCGGAUAUCCCUAUUGGAGUGCAGAUCAUGUAUUGAAGCAGAUUCUGCCUCCUGGAGUGGAGCUGCUCAAGGUUGGUCACAUUGCCCAUCUAAAUAUACAUGAUGAACUGCUUCUGUACAAGGAUGUUAUUGCUAAGGUUAUUUAUGAUAAAAAUUAUCCCAGGAUAAAGACUGUUGUUAAUAAAGUUGGAACAAUUACAAAUGAGUUUCGAGUGCCAAAAUUUGAAAUUUUAGCAGGAGAAAGUGAUAUGGUCACAGAAGUGAAGCAAUAUGGGGCAACGUUCAAGCUUGAUUACAGCUUGGUUUACUGGAAUUCAAGACUGGAACAUGAACACAUAAGGUUGGUUUCUCAAUUUCGACCAGGAGAGAUCAUCUGUGACAUGUUUGCUGGGAUUGGUCCUUUUGCUAUUCCAGCAGCACAGAAAGGAUGCGUUGUUUAUGCCAAUGAUUUGAAUCCAGGUAGCAUUCGCUAUUUGAAGAUUAAUGCAAAAAUCAACAAGGUUGAUUGCAUUUGUGCAUACAAUAUGGAUGCUAGGAAAUUUAUUUCUCAACUUAUGAAACCACCAGUUAGUGAAAAUCAUGUAGACUGCAAAGUUUCGAUGCAUAAAACAUGUGAGGAUUGCAGCAUACAGGACAAUGAUGAAUCAAGGGAAGUAAAAACAAGACUGGGAGUUGAAGCAAAGGAAGGACUUGUUAAUGUUUCAGGUAAUGUAGAGGCUGCACAAGAUUUGUAUAGAAAUCCAACUUUAGAUGCAAUUAAAAGACCUUCAGAUUGUUGCUUGGAAGAAAAUGGAAACACCAAAGGUGCUGGAAUUACUGAUGCAUGCAGAAGAAAGGGAGGCACAAACAAGAGGAUGAGAGCCCUUGAGCUUCCCAAUGUGAGGCCUUGGGAGCAUGUUGAUCAUAUAGUCAUGAACCUUCCUGCUUCUGCCCUACAAUUUCUUGAUGCAUUUAAAGGGCUUAUUCGGAGGAAGAAUUGGAAAGGACCUCUUCCCUUGAUUCACUCCUAUUGCUUCAUGCGAGCAAAUGAAACCCAAGAAUUGAUAGUUUCUGAAGCAGAGUCUGCCUUGAAUGCUCGCAUACAAGAGCCAAUAUUUCACAGGGUUAGGGAUGUUGCUCCAAAUAAGGCCAUGUUUUGCUUAAGCUUUAGGCUACCAGAAGCAUGUUUCAAAGAUAAUGCCACUGACAUUUAA